UGGUCUAUGUUCAUUUUCUUUUUUUCCUGCCCUCCUUCAUUUUAAGCUGAGGACAACGCGUCGCAGACAGGAACAGUAAAAUUCUAUUUUCCAGCGAAAAUCUUUCAGUAAGUUUUCAAAGGUGAUCUGUAGGAAACAUGGCUCGUACCAAGCAGACUGCCCGUAAGUCCACUGGAGGCAAAGCUCCACGUAAGCAGCUGGCCACAAAGGCUGCUCGGAAAAGUGCCCCCUCCACCGGAGGGGUCAAGAAGCCCCAUCGCUACAGGCCUGGAACCGUGGCUCUGCGAGAGAUCCGCCGUUACCAGAAGUCCACUGAGCUGCUGAUCCGCAAGCUUCCCUUCCAGCGUCUGGUCAGAGAGAUCGCCCAGGACUUCAAGACAGACCUGCGUUUCCAGAGCGCCGCCAUCGGAGCUCUGCAGGAGGCCAGUGAAGCUUACCUGGUGGGUCUGUUUGAGGACACCAACCUGUGCGCCAUCCAUGCCAAACGUGUCACCAUCAUGCCCAAAGACAUCCAGCUGGCACGCCGCAUCCGUGGCGAACGUGCCUCUGUAGGAAACAUGGCUCGUACCAAGCAGACUGCCCGUAAGUCGACUGGAGGCAAAGCUCCACGUAAGCAGCUGGCCACAAAGGCUGCUCGGAAAAGUGCCCCCUCCACCGGAGGGGUCAAGAAGCCCCAUCGCUACAGGCCUGGAACCGUGGCUCUGCGAGAGAUCCGCCGUUACCAGAAGUCCACUGAGCUGCUGAUCCGCAAGCUUCCCUUCCAGCGUCUGGUCAGAGAGAUCGCCCAGGACUUCAAGACAGACCUGCGUUUCCAGAGCGCCGCCAUCGGAGCUCUGCAGGAGGCCAGUGAAGCUUACUUGGUGGGUCUGUUUGAGGACACCAAUCUGUGCGCCAUCCACGCCAAACGCGUCACCAUCAUGCCCAAAGACAUCCAGCUGGCACGCCGCAUCCGUGGCGAGCGUGCCUAGGCACUGUCGUGGUUUUUCCUUUCUUUCCCUCACCUUUCUAUCCAUCCGUCCCCCCCACCCCCGCCCCUGUUCUGGUAGUGUGUAGAGAAAAGCUGAUUCUAUUAUCAUUAAAUUAUAUAGACAUGUUUUCUUGGUGCAGCAUCGCCUCUCAUCUGGUGCAUGAACCCACUCUACGGUGAGGAGACCUCUGUUUUUGGACCGCGUUUGUUGGAAGAAUGUUUGGAUGACGCCCAUGUCAGGGGUCAAAGAGGAGGGAAGGGAGGGGGUUUCUUCUGCUAGGGGGAGGUCUGCUCUGCAGCAGGGUGCUGCGUGUGUCUGCAUGAGCAUAGAGCAAACCGACCAUUUACUCUUCUGUUCACAUCAUGUUCACACCGAUUUUUAUUUGUUCCUGUUUGAUAUAAAUUCACACACGUGAACUUCAGUCUAUCCAUUAACAACAGAAACGGGGAGGAGCUUAAACCACCACCGCACAGAACCGCAGGGGUGGGGGGCAUUUUCUACUCACAUCUGAUGCCUUGGACGGAUUCUGACACCCGAGUACCAGUACUGGUUCUGACAGCAGAGUAGAAACCUGUUUUCCAAGUGGUUCCAACCAUCAUGGAAGCCUCGAGGCUUCGCCAUCACAGACUUUUAUAGCCGAGACUUGCAGGACCUUUUUUACUGCAGAGGUCCGUUAACAUUCUUAAAGUCUUGAACUGAGGUAAUUUUUUUAAAGAGACAUGGGCUAAAUGGAUAAAGCAUUUUAAAUUGGUGUCCAGGAUUCAAUAACAUACAUCAUGCAUGUAUGUAGACUCCGUGCAUCCCCGUCUUCUGUUCCUCCUUUGAGACCUUUUGAGCAUCUGCUUCUCAGGACGACUGUUUAACCUCAAAUGCAGCCGUUUCUUUUUUUUCUGUUUGUUUCUUGUACAUUUCUUUUUCUUUUUUUUAUUUUAAAGAUAAUAUCUGAAACAUUUGUAAUUUCCAUAUUUGUCAUAUAAAGUGGUAAUAAAUGGAUGUUACACAACCUGUGGUGCAGAAGUAAAUCCAAACAAUA